UGCAGUGUAUCCCCGGAGUGCAGGGCGCGGUCCCAUCACUUCUGCAGCUGGAGACAGGAGGUCAGAGCCCUCGCCACUGAUACCAUGACCGGGUUUGUGGAACGCAUCCCCCGCCCUCCUCAACCAAAGGGAGCGACUCUAGGAUUUUCAAAGUUGUUUGGAUGCGCCAUUCCUAUUGCUCAGAUCGCAAUUGGGUCUGUGUAUCUGGAGGACUGUCCGGUGCAGCCCUACAUCCCCAUCUACUUGAUCGUGUCGGGGGUUAUUGGCGUGAUGCUGGCGCUGCUCACCUGCAUGCCCUUCUCCCAGAAGCCCGAAGACGGCACCAGCAACCCCAUCAAUCAAGUCUGCGUCAUGUGGAACUCGCUGUCGUCCUGCUUCCUCUUCUGCUGGUUCAUCACCGGCAAUGUGUGGAUCUACUCUAUUUACCAGCCGGAAUACGUCAAGAACUCAACGAACAUCGACGUUUACUGCGACAAGACGCUCUACCUGUUCGCCUUCUGGAUCACGACUCUGGGCUACAUCCUCUUUGGCGUGAUCCUUCUGUGCAGCUUCUGCGCUAUGGUCUGCUUCUGCCUGUGUGGCUGAGCAGACAGCGAUGUCAACGUCUAGAGACCUUUGCCGUGGGGGUGGGCGUGUCUUCUGCACAAGUCGCGUCAGGCUUUAUGUGUCUCACGAGUUUAAGUGCUGUGGCAGCUCUGAUAGACACAAGAGUAACUCUGAAGAUUCUACAGAUUUUUAACACUGAUUAUAAAUAAGGAUUCCUAAUCGCCGAGCCCUCCCUCACUGUCUCUCCCAGCAUGAUUUGUUUAUAUGUGCAGCCGGAAAAUGAGGCUCAAGCUUUGUACAUGAUGAAAUGAUUAAAUGCCUGUUCUGUGUGAAUUCA